GCCACUUUGGCGUCGGUCUUGUUCUCUUCUUCACUCGAUUGCUGUAUUUUCUACAAUCUCUGCGUUCCCCGGCCGCCGAAUUCCGCCGUCAACUGGCCGACCAGCCUCCACUCGGCCCUCCGAUUUAGAAGAGCUGCAGAAACGAGAAAAAGAUGAAUGCCCCCGAUCGUUAUGAGAGAUUUGUAGUCCCUGAGGGUGUCUCUAAAGUGUCGUACGAGAGGGACACGAAGAUCAUCAAUGCGGCUUCUUUUACAGUCGAGCGUGAGGACCACACCAUCGGCAACAUUCUACGCAUGCAGCUGCACAGUGAUGAGAAUGUACUGUUUGCUGGAUACAAGUUGCCUCACCCACUUCAGUACAAAAUACUCCUUAGGAUCCACACGACAAGCCAGUCUUCUCCGAUGCAGGCAUAUAAUCAGGCUAUCAAUGAUCUGGAUAAGGAACUUGAUCAUCUAAAGAAUGAAUUUGAGAAUAUUUGCAGUUGCUGUGUAGCCGAAGGCUAUUCGACUGAAAUAUACCACUUGUCCCUGAAUUUGCACAGGUUUCUGUGUAAUAGUGCUGCUUUUCUAGAGAAACAUGAAACUGGUGGGAAUCAUCUUGCACUCUCUGGAAACUGA